AGCGCCCUCCGAGCCCGGCUGGAGGUUUGCUCCGGAAAGCUGAAAUGACUGACAUCUGAUUGGCUGUCCCUAAAAGUGAAAAGUCUUUGUGGUCUUGGGUGAGACCCACGAGGAGAUGGGGCGGGAUUUCGGGCCGUAGGAGGCGGGGCCUUUGGGCUUUGGGCGCGAGCGGUUGAAAAGACUGUUGGUAUCGGUUCUGCUGCUCUGACCGGAUUGUGCCGUCCUAGCUAGUCCCCAUGGCUGACCCUGAGGAGUUGCAGGUUUCCUCGCCGCCCCCGCCGCCACCGUCUUCUCCUUCAUCUUCAGACACUUCUUCAGCAUCUUCGCCGGGCGUCCCAGUGAGUUUGGGCUGGCCAGUUCCGAGCAGGCGCAGCGGCCGGACGGUGGACCCGCUGGAAGAAGUGGAGCUGCAGAUCGGAGACGCAGCAUUUUCGUUAACCAAACUUCUUGAAGCUACAUCUGCAGUAUCAGCUCAAGUGGAAGAACUUGCCUUCAAAUGUAUGGAAAAUGCACGUUUCCUUAAAACAUGGCGGGACCUCUUGAAAGAAGGCUAUGAUUCUUUGAAACCUGACAACUGAUUUGACAUGCUUAGUUGUUUAAAUAAUGACUGUAAUAAUUCAUACUUCCUCAUAUGUGAUAUUUGCACAUUACCACAUGUAUAGGGUGAUCUCUUUUCA